AUGGCUCGAGCUGCGAGCAAAAUGUGGGAAAGCUACUGCCUACGCCCUAGCCUCCACUCCUCAUCAACAGCGAUCCCGGUCUUCCUCUAUGGCACAGCCUGGAAGAAAGAUCAAACAGCCGAGCUGGUCAACACUGCCAUCACCGCCGGCUUCCGAGCGAUUGAUACAGCAGCCCAGCCACGGCACUAUCAAGAAGAUCUCGUUGGUGAUGGCAUUCGCAAGGCCAUUGUGGAUGGUGUUGUUCGCCGAGAGGACCUUUACCUGCAAACCAAAUUCAGUCCGAUCGGGGCACAGGAUCCAGACAAUAUGCCCUAUGAUCCCAACUUGUCGGUAACAGAGCAAGUACAUGCUUCAAUCAAGUCAUCGUUGCACAACUUUCGUCCUGCAGCAGACCCCAACAGUGUGGCCGAGGCCUACAUCGAUACCUUGGUCAUUCACUCCCCACUUCGAAGGUUUGAGAUGACCCUGGAAGCGUGGCAGGCCCUCGAGACCUAUGUACCCCAUCGCAUCCGCAACCUGGGUAUCUCGAAUUGCUCUUUGCCCCUUCUUGCCGCACUGGACUCUUCGCCCGCAACGAAGGUGAAGCCUGCUGUGGUGCAAAAUCGAUUCUACGAAGACACGGAAUUUGAUGUCCCGCUGCGACAAUUCUGCCGAGAGAAGGAUAUUAUUUAUCAGAGUUUCUGGACACUGACUGCCAAUCCGGAUCUAGUACAAUCCCGACCUGUGCAGCAGCUAGCCACACAAGUGAAAAUCAGUCCUGCCGCUGCCUUGUAUGCUCUUGUUAUGAGCCUGGGUAACACGACAGUGUUGAAUGGUACUAAGAAUGAAGCACGUAUGAAGGAAGAUCUGGCUGCCCCGCAGGAGGUGCAGAAGUUUACGCAGGCAAACUCUGCUGCAUGGGAGGAGUUGUUGAAGGAGUUCCAGGGAUUGGUUGGGGAUUCUACAUGA